UGAUGGGCAUCCCCCGAAUUACCACAAUGUCAAAACGAUUUACCAAGCUCGUGUAACGAGAACGCUUUAACAUCCUCUGCGACAUGGGAAAGUUGGAGACAAUGUCUACAAGAAGAGAUGGAUUAAUUCAAACAGUGACUGGCUUGAUACGGCCAGACCAGCUGGGAAUGACCUUGCCCCAUGAACACCUAUGGAUUGACACAGCACAUUUCUACCAAGAUCCCAAACCACAACACAAACACAAAAUAAACGACCCUAUCAGUCUGUCCAAUUAUGGAUGGGUCCAACAGAAUCCAUACAGCUGUAAGGACAACCUCAGCCUGAUGGAGGAAUCUACAUCAGAAGCGAUCCAAAAGGAGAUGGAAUUCUUCAAGCAAAAUGGCGGUUGCAGCAUUGUUGAAAACACAACCACUGGAAUUGCUCCAAAUUAUAAAUUCCUGCAAGAACUAUCCAAGACUGUUGGUGUCAAUAUCAUUGCAGGAACAGGAUACUAUGUGAAUGACUUUCAAACUGACGCGACAAAGCAGUUGUCUGUGGAGGCCAUGUCCGAGAAGAUUCGCCGUGACGUCACCGAAGGAUUUGACGGAACCGGAAUAAAAUGUGGAGUCAUCGGCGAAGUGGGCUGUCAGUGGCCUCUGACAGAUUUUGAACGCAAGUCUCUGCAGGCGAGCGCCGCAGUACAGAUGGAGCUGGGCUGUCCCGUGAUCAUCCACCCCGGCCGACACCCAGACGCUCCGUUUGAAAUAGUACAAGUCUUCCAGGAAGCUGGUGGAGACGUCAGUAAAACAGUCAUGUCGCAUCUCGAUAGAACAAUUUUCGAUAAUAAAGUAUUGUUGGAGUUUGCUGCCCUUGGCUGUUACUGCGAGUACGACUUGUUUGGGAUUGAAACGUCUCACUACCAGAUAAUAGCGAGUGUUGACAUGCCGAGUGAUGCACAGAGAAUACACAAGAUAAAGUUACUCAUCGACGAAGGCUACUUGGACAAAAUCACCAUCUCUCACGAUAUACACACAAAACAUCGGCUGAUGAAAUAUGGUGGUCAUGGUUACUCACAUAUCCUUGAAAACAUCAUGCCAAAGAUGUUGACACGAGGUAUUUCGAAAGAAACAGUCCAUCAGAUCACCGUAAAUAAUCCAAAGAACUGGCUGACGUACAAGAAAUAAUUUAUAAUACCGACAAUGGUGGCAGACUAGGAAUCAGCUCUGAAAUCAUGCAUGUUCACCAAAAUCCACGAGCCUUAUUGGAUUUAAUGUAUAAUAGAAUAUAUGCUCAGAGAAAAAAGUUUUUAUGCAUGUAAUGUACACAGUAUAUGUUCAGCAGUAAUGAAGAAAAAAUCUUAAUUCUUUUUAAGACAUUAUUUACUAGUCAUUCGUAAACAUUAUGAGGCCAUUUGUAAAAUUUUAGUGUAUCCGCAAUAGUCAGAAUUUUGAACCAUUUACAAAGUUUACAACUGGUUUGAGACCAUUUUAUUUUUGUGCACAAGAAAUGUUUUCUGUUAGUAUAUAUAAUGUAUAUGCGAACAUAUAAUUUACAUGGCCAUACAUAUACAGUGAAACCCCUCAGAACCGGACAGCCAUGGGACCAAAGCAAAAGUCUGGUUUUGAGGGGUAUCUGGUUUACAGAGGUUUCAGUAUUGAGGUAAACCGUUUCUUGGUUGGUGUUCUCUACUGAUAUAGUAACUAAUAAAACUGCCAAAAAACAGG